UAUAACGCUGGCCUGGGAACCCCCGGAGGACGCCCCAAUGGACACCCCCGCGGAGGUGACAGGCUGGCGCAUCUACGCCCUAGAGGCCGGCAAGGAAGCCCUAGAGAUCGCCGCGGCAGAAUGGCACGACAUGCACGAGCAUAGGGACCCUCUAGGGGACGACUGCACCGAGGAAGACCUCGCUAUGGAGGCCGAGUGGGUGCAACAGGCCCUAACAGACCUUCUAGGGCGGCAUGCCAAGCCAAUUCGACUCUGCGCACGCUCUAAGCGGUGGUGGAAUGACUCCCUGGACGACCCCCGGAGCAAGUACGCCCGGGUGCGCCGCCAGUGGCAAGCCGGAGAGUGCUCCAACGCCCAACACAGGGAGGCCCGACAGGCCUACUAUGUGGCAAUUAGGGCCGCGAAGCGCUACUGUUGGGAGGCCUUCCUUAGGGGUGAUUCGGACGACCCAAAUAUCGGGGGUUACCCUGCCCUGCAGGGGCCAGACCCUGACGCCCCAGCGGCCACGACGUUUGACGACAAGGAGCGCCUAAUACUGCAGACCGCCUUCCCUAACGCCCCUGGAGAUAAGCCCCCUGACCGCCCUCCUGGCGGCAGCGCGCACAAGCUUAUAACGCCGAAGCGGGUGCAUGAGGCCCUAUUCAGCCAAAGCAUUAAAAAGGCCCCCGGAGUCGAUAGGCUCAACUUCAAAGCAUGGCGCCUAGUUUGGAGGUUCGACCCUGAGCGCUUAGUGGCCCUGGCGAGGCAGUGCCUCCGCUUGGGGGUGCACCCUGACGUUUGGAAGGUCGCA